UAUUUAUCGUUUUCUUCCCGCUUGUAUUACAUUUUGUCGCUGCGUUCUCAUAACGGCGACCACUCGUAGGUUAUGUUUUCCUUGGUAAUGACGCAUGACGACACAAGCUGGAUGCACUGGAUGACGAAUGUCCAAGGAAUUUUUACAGACUGUUUGAGAUAAAACUAAUCGUACAUACUAAGAAUCGCAUAUCUAUCUCAUUUAUCACCAUUCACCGGUAAUAAAAAUAAUACACAAACGCAACAAACAUAAUUCCGUAAGAAAAUCGUCUUGUAGAUGUGAGGACGAAGAGAGAUGUAUUCUUCGUGUGCGCUCUAGUCUAUGCUAGGUUAGUCUCACACAUCGUACUAACUAUACUAAUCACUGAUUCGUCAGUGUAGGCAAAUCGCAAUUGCAUAGUUUUAUUUUCCACAUUUGACCUGAAUUUCUGAUGAACAAAAUUGAAGAACCAAGCACCAUGCAGGAAAAUAUGACUUUAGGGGCAAAAGGAGAUCCUCUGCUAGUUGAGAAUACGAAUAAGAACAAUGAACAAAGCAUGGACUGUCCCAUGUUAGACUUGGAAAAAAAAACCCUUGAAAAGGAGCUUUUGGACCAUGUGGCUAAUAGCAAAGCAACUUUCAAGAGUCAACAAAAAGAAGAACCUGAAUUAACGUUUGAGGAGAAGCUUGCUAUAGUUAGGAAGUUGUUGGAAAAGAGUCACUGUUUAUUUCUGUCUAAAUUUGGACAAUAUAUGAAGGUGGAGCACUUGGAAUAUUUCAACAAAAGUCAGGAUUAUGAGACAAUCUAUCAUGUAAACAGAUUGCAGAGGUACUUCAAUAAUUCUACACGGCAUAUUGACAUCAGAAACAGAAGAUAUGAAGCUCUCAAGACAUUAAUAGAAAAGGGAGAAUACUUCAGCGAAUGUGAAAUGAUGAAGAGAAAUCCACUGUUGUAUGAACACUUAGUAGGACAAUACUUGACAGAUGAGGAAAAGAAGGCUAGAGACAGUAUUGACACAAAGAGUAUAAAUUAUGUGGAUAUACUUAUGGAAACCGUUGAAAGAAAUAAAUUAGAAAAUCGUUUAAAAUUUCAACAAAAGGAAGAAGACGAAAUACGAGAGGAGAAUGAUUCAGAUGAAGAUUAUGAUAAUGAUGAUAACAAUGAUAAUACCACAAACAGCAUUAUAUCCAAGACAAACUUUGAGAAACAGAAUUAUCAGCAUUGGGGUGAAAAGUUAAAUGAAGCACAAAAAGAGAGAGAUAAGAACCAAAAAUUACAAAGCAAUAAAAUAUUUAAAAUAUCAAGCCAAGAAAUAAAGUUACUUAGACAAGAAUUUGUUACAAACAUGUAUCAGAGUUUCCUGGAUGGUAAAGAUACAGACUUUGAUUAUAGUACUGUAGAUGAUAAUGAAGCUUAUGAUAAUGUUGACUUGAGAAAUCAAGAUGAAGAAGAAAAGUAUUUUGACUCUGAAGCUCCUGAAACUGUUCUUCCAUGUAAUGAGUGCAAUGAUCAAAACGAAUCUGAAGAUGAGUUGGAUAUAUAUAUGAAAUCGCUGAAGGAGCGGAUUCCUACAAAUCCACAUUCUUUGGAUAAUUAGAUAUACC